AUGUCCCGAGCAAUUCCAGCACAAGACACAAUCUCUCCAAGAGCGAUUGACGUUGUAACCGCCGACUUCUCUGAAUUGGAACUCUCAGACCCGAGGUUUCGAUUCUUUUCCGAUGCCAUAAAGGCCACAUCUGACCCAGGUGAUUCCCUGUCUGAGGAAGAGAAAGCCGCAUUGUCAGCUACUAAGUUGAAAUUGAAACAUGACGCAUCUUUGCUCGCCUUGGAUUUUCUUGAGAAAGCGGGAGCCGCAGACCUCCUCCAAGGUUUCGGAAGGCUGGCAGCUUCAUUUGGGGAGCUGGAUCUUCAGAAGCAGGUCAGCUUCCUCAAGGCAAUGGACAAAGACUUUCGACAACGCUUCGAGGACACCAGGAAGAAGAUCGAUAAUAUGGAACUUGUGCCUGAUCCUAUGACUGAUUUACUCCUCUACAUGGUCAAUGCGAUGAAGGUUUUCCAAACCUGCACUAGGGUUUUCGAAGGGAUGACCACGACUUUGUAUGAAUUUAGGGUUGAAAGGGUCAAGCUAUUCAGGGAAUGGCAAAAUCGCCUUUUGCUACCGUGUGGCUCAUCGUCUCGAGCCCCCUCGAUGAGCGACUAUGACUUUACGCUUCGAAAGUAUGUCCUAAUGCAAAAAACCUGGUCAAAAUUACAGAAGUUUAAGAUGGAACUCGAUCCAAGUGAGGGCAUGAGGCUGCUCGGCUUGGCAAAUGAAUAGCCGAUAGACCAUAUUGUGAUGUCUAGAUUUCAAGGAAAAUUACGGGAAGUCAUGGAAGUUUGACGGUUGGGGAUCACGAUUUGUCAGCACUAGAUAUUGCAUGGUGUGCAGCAUGGAAAGAUUUAGAUCUUUGAAUAGUGACUUCAGUAUUCUGCUAGAGCCUGGAACUAUCACUACAUGG